AUGGAAACAAUGGACGCGUCCGACAAAAAUCGAACCUACCCAAAGUCCACCGUCGUGUUAAAAAAGCGCAUGCCAGAUAUCACGGAUACCACUGGGACGCAAUACGAAUCGAAGUACGUUGAAUUGAAUGAUUUACUUGACAUAGAUACAGACGACACGAACACUGUCACCGGUGAGGGGAGCCAAAUGGCGAUUGACGAGGGCAACGGUGGCUCGAGAGCAGAAGAGAAAACUUCUGGAGACGGAGACCUGAUGAGUAAGGUGACUGAUCAUAUCAACGGCGACAAAUUAAAGAAGGAUAUUAACACAAAGGAGUGUGCCAAGGGCUAUUUAUCAGGGUUUCUUGGAACUGUCUGCUUCUCUGAGGUUCCUAACCUGAAUGAAAACAUGAUGGACUCUCCCGAACCCCCUAGAUACGUUGGUAAUAGGGAGGGCACCGCGGAGUGGACACCGGAAAAGGACGCGUUUGAGGAUGUAGAAAAUAUGCCAAUUGACAAUGAAGAUUUACAAUACACUGACAUGUUAAGCGGGCAAAGUGAAUCGGAUGAUGAUGUGAGCUUGGUGCGGACCGGUGAUUGUGAAGAUUGCGUGCCUUGCAGUACCGUGGAGGAUGAGCCUCAUUACAUAACCACGCACGAGAUCCAGCUCUCCGAGCUUUCAGAUCACGAUGUCGAUAAUAAUAUCGGACAGGAGUGGGAUGAUAACCAGAUCUACUCUUUCGUAGAUUAUGCUGCUUUUGACGGCGAUGGAACGAUGGCAGGAAGAGAGAAGAGGGUGAAAAGCAAUCAGGGUCAGGCUAAUAGCGGUGCGGCAGUCAGCACGAAGCUGGAAAGUGAUCUCGGGGACAGGGACAAGUGCGCCAUCUCAGAUGAAAGUCUGUCAAAGAACCAAAAUAAUGUUAUAGGACAGAUCCACCUGUCAAUCAAAACGACUUCUCGAGCUAUAAAUGAGCCUAGCGACGUCCAAGAAAAUGAAAAUAUUACUUAUCAUGCCAAGCACGCCGGAGACAUGAGUCGCUACGUUUUUAGAGGAGCUGGUGAUGCAAAUACGGAGAAUGUCUGUGAUAGCGCUAAGUGUUUCAUAGCCGCCCCCGGACGCUUGCACUUUGGCAAGAAUUUAAAAGGCAAAGAUGUUAACGACUAUUCCAGCGGUGCGUCCAGCGCUGUCAGUGAACUUGACGAUGCGGAUAAGGAAGUGCGCAACUUGACUGCCAGAGCGUUCAGGAGUUUAGCAUACCCUUACUUCGAUGCCAUCAAUUUCAGCACCUCCAGCGAGUCCUCCGCCUCCGAGCUGGGGUUGAACAGGUGGUCAACUUUUGUUGACCUUAAAUAUGGCAACAUGAACAUGUCUCAGGGACGCGAACCAAACACAGCGUCUCAUAAAAGUUCUACGUCAUCCUCUGAAAUUGCUAAGAAUAAAGACAAUAAAGGAUAUAAGGGUUUGGCAUUGGCUAGUACUAAACCGCCCCCGAACAAGCUCUUUGCAUUGAAUGGUGCUCUUUCUGGUCCCUAUAACGCAUCUUCUGCAGCAAAGAAACUUGAGCUUAUGGGAAAAUUUGGGACGGGGCACGGUGGAGUUAUCACGCUCACAGAAACAUUAAAUAUUCGUUGUAAUGUCAAAUCAGGGCUGCCUGGGAGUGAAAGGCGCUCGAAAUUUGCACAAAACGUAACAGGAUCACGUUCCACAGAUGAAGUUACCAGCAAUUUGCCAAGCGGCCAGGGGAAUGAGGCCAGCAAGCAACCCUGUAAUGCAGGGGAAACCAUGGAAGGCACACACAAGAAAGCAAUAUUCGCCUCGAGCCUUCUUAAAAAUGUAAUUUCUAAGAAAAUGCAGUUUGAGCAGGAGCGCAAAAUGGAGAGGGGGGAGAUACGCGAGUCCUAUCACGCUCCAUCUCACUGCCUUCUCCGACAAGAGCCUGAAAUUGCGCACAUGGAGAGGGAGAGGUCUACACCGAAAGAGUCCAAGGAUUUCCAAAGGCAAAGCCCGAAAUACUCAGAUGCGAGUUCUGACUUAACUAUUGUUUGUGUCGAUGAACUAGGGGACUUAGUGGACACUAGCUCGUGCGAUGCCAAGGACGAAUGUCGGAGACAAGACACUUUAACUCUUGCACCAGAAACGAAUUUAGCGUCGACAAAUGAAGUAGGAUUCGAUACUAAAAAAGGAGCAUUCGAAAUGGCCAACAACACACUGCUUCGCAGCCAAAAUAGCGCAUUCAGAUCCUGGAGGGACGGUGAGCUAGAGUUUCAAAAGGAACAUAUAAACGAUAAAACUCCGGAGGGGAAACCGUCUUCGUCCAACGACAACCAAGGGGAAACGGACUUGUACACCGAUUCAGGCAACAGUGAGCUAACCAAAAUGUUACAUUUGUUUGUGCCAAGUAUCCAACAACUGUCCAAUGAGAGAGAAGUUUCAAAGCAGCUGCCGACUAUGAAUUAUUCGACCCGAGCUGCCGCGGAUAAAGGAGAGGGAGGAGGUAUGAAAUUACGCGCCAACAACACCCAAUACUUCGCUGGUCCGAGGAGUGUGGUAACAUCCAAAUCACCCGAAAUUAAAAUCAGUUUACGGAGUGUAAAAGAAAACAAAAGCGACCCGUUCAACGUUGCAAAGCUGGUGCCUUCCAAUAUAGGCUGCAACUCAGUCAACCUGAAAAAGGCAGGCGACGAGUCCAGAUGUCAAGCGCUCGCUGCAGCGUUGAAGGGUGAGUCCUCCGAAAAAGUACCACACUUCACGGUCAGAGACAUACGAGACCACAGGGGCAAGCUGCAAACACCUAUACACCAAGUUAGAGACGUGCGUAAAUUGGUUAAAAGUUCUUAUCACUUUGUGUCGUUGGAUAAUAACGCCACCGCCGGCGACCUUAACUCAGAUCAAAAGCUUUUCAAACACGGGUCUUAUCGAAACCCUGCGUCACUUUCCCCCAUAGUAAUAAAGUGUCAGUCUGUGAAUACCAAUACCAAUGGGAAUGGGAAGCAAUCUGGAAAUCUAAUUGGGUAUUCUAAACCUAGACUCAACGAGGAUUUAUUUGAAGUUGACAGGUCAUCACCCCAGCUAGAGGGUACCAAAAGCGACUUCCACCAACCGACAUGGAGAGCGCCAUUAUACAAUACAAAACAACUGAAAGGUGAUUCUUCUGAAGGCCCCAUUGGACUUGUAAUUGAAACCAGAACAGCUUCUAGAAAACAGGAUAAAACACCUGACAUCAGUGACAAGACUAAACCUGAGUGUAAAAUGUCCAACGUGGGUGCCUUCGAGAAAUUACAGGCUGCAGUCAAAACCAUGGAGCAGUUGUAUGUUUUUGAUAGAAAUGAGUGGAAGAGGAAAUCAGAGCCACACUCCAUGUUAUCAGACAGUCAUCUGCUCUCUCUCAUAUCCAGCGAGGAGCAUGGGCCAGAGGAGGAGGGAGUGAACGUGGCCAAUGCCAUGACGGUGCCAACAUUUAACAUGGACAAGCUCAUCCGGAGAGACUCAUACCUUAAUUCUGACAAAUCCCUGCCUGCUACGACCGCCUUGCCCGUUUGCGAAAAGACACCACCCAAACGAGAGGAGAAAGACCUCCUGAAGACUUUUCACAUUCCCAUCAGCCAGGAUGUGCCCAAAUCCCUGGCUCAGCUAGGUGGAACACCAAUGGGUACCAAUAAUGUGUUUAAUGUCAGCUCCAUGGCUUCAGGAAACCCCCCCACAAAUAACAAUAACAAGGCAUCAUCACAGCCACAUGCUGUAUCACAAUCACCUUACUGCAAAGGCUUCAGCCCAGUGUCUCCUAAACUUCCGGUGUCAGUGAAAAUCUCCCAGCAGCUCAGAAAGGCAGAGGAGAGACAGAGAGAGAGACAGAGGGAGACGGCCAACAGUAUGAAGGCAGACAUGCCCUUCCAGUUCAGCAGAGCUUCAGUCGAGCACGAAAACUAUCUCACCAUCCCUGUUAAGUCUCAUGCCACCAGCGCCAAGCAAACCGCUGUGUCCGCUGGCGGUGGAUGCGAGAAGACAGCAAUGUACACCUUCCCCGCCACUGGCGCCAAGACCCAGAUGGCCAGCCCACCCGGUUAUUCCGGCGCCAGGAGGCAGGAAGAGACCCGACUUUCCCCACAGAAACGCUCCACCAUCGUCAUGGAGACGAGAGCCCAGGACACGCCAACUGCCACCAUCUACCACAUGCCCAUGGCUCAGAGCAUGGCGUCCACCCAACCACAGAUGUACUGCUUUUCCCCAACCAUGUCCCCACAAGCCAUCCCCCAGAUCGACCACUACCAGCGCACCCAGAGAAAGAUGCUCUUUGACCCCAGUACAGGGAACUACUACCUGGUGGACACCCCCGUCCAGCAGGCCACCCGCCGCCUCUUCGACCCCGAGACGGGCCAGUAUGUGGACGUGCCCAUGUCCCAACAGCCCAUGUCCAUGUCCAUGCCCCAAAUGCCGCCCAUGCCCAUGUCCAUGCCCAUCUCGCCUCUAGCCCUGAGUCCCGGCUCCUAUGGCCCCACCUACAUGAUCUACCCAGGCUUCAUACCCGCCAUGCCCAGCACGCCUACCCUGAUCCCCACUAGAAUGCAGUCGCAGCUCUCCAUGCCGUUGGAACAGGAAGACUCCGGAAACAAAGGCGGUUCCUCCCAGCCAGACUACAUGGACAUGGAGAGUCCUUACUACAUGGCCACAGGGUCUGGGAAGUCUCCCUUGGCUGGAGGCUCCAGUAUGGGCCACGUCCAGCAGCAGGGCAGGCCGGGGGUCCAGGGCUUCACCUCCCAGCAGGGACCACGCAUCAUCGCCCCGCCCUCUUUCGAUGGGACAACCAUGAGCUUUGUGGUGGAGCACAGGUAAACGGCAGGACCUGUCACAUGAUACGAGUGAAUUUUGACGUGUCCUGAUGUGUUCUGGGCCCUCCAGUGCCACUAACCCUACCGUCUGGACCAUUUGGUUCAUGGUCGUCAAUGCCGGUUGUCAUGGUCAUCACGGUUCUUGGUCAUCUCAACCGACAGGACUGUUAUUGCCUCACCUUUCUGAAGUAGGCUACCACUCUAUCCCCCUUUCUUUUCUUAACAACUCUGUGUUACAUUUGGGAGUUUGGCAGAAAUGUUUACUAGUUAAUGUAGUUUUUUACC